ACUCGUCUCGGUGCCAGGAAGCUAAAAUCUCCGACGAUGAGCGAAACGGAAGCAGCCGGCGUUACCGAUGAUUAUUCUCCAUCGAUCGGGGCGGUUGAUUCGGUGGAGGAAGCCAUAGGAGGAGCAGAGAAAUGGGUGGAUGGUUUCCAGCGCACGGUGAAGGAAUCUACAGACUCCGCCAUUCGCUCUGCUCGCUCUCUCCGCGAGAACUCCACCUCUCAGUUCCGCUCUGUACAGGAUUUGAUUCCACAUGCUUUGACUCAGUAUAAGACCUAUGAGAAUGCUUUCUUCAGCAAAGUUACUGAAGAAUUGAUAAACGCAAAGGAGCAUCCCGCUGCUGCUGCUGGGAUUGGUCUCGCUGCUGGUCUCGUUCUUAUGCGAGGCAUAACAACCUCCUCUCUUAUAUAUUUCUUAAAUUUAUUCUGUGUAAACUUGGUUUUUCUGUGGUUCUACUUAUUGCAUGCAGGCCCAAGAAGAUUCUUGUUUCGUCGUACACUGGGCAGAUUUCAGAGCGAAGAGGCUCAGUUCUUGAGAGCUGAGAAGCAUGUCCAGGAGCUGAACAUGUCUGUAGACUUGAUGAAAAAGGAGAGCAGUAAAUUGCUUGAGAGGUCGGCUUUAGCGGAGAAGGAUAUGAAACGCGGUCUUUCUGAACUCAUGAACUCUGGAAACAAUAUACAUCGUCUUGCUAAGUCCGUCCACAAGGUUGAAUGCGAAGCUGCAGGUUUAAUGGAUGGACUGCGGCAAAUUCCUGGGAGGGAAGCUAUCAAGCUUAGAGCCGAAGUGGCUUCUAUGACUUCGCUCUUGAGACAGAAGAGGAUUGCGUUGAACAAAAGGAUCAUGGGGAUGUCUGAACUAGGAGUUCCCGUCUGAUAUACAACACAAAACCACCAAGCCUUGAGUUUUUUUUUUGUAAGUUAUUUCAAGUCGAUUUCUCGUUAAUAAACAUCUAACUCUGUCUGAAUCCAAAUCCUUGUUAUGUUUCUUUUCCUGACAUUUGAGACCAUUGCCUUAUUUGCUCGAGUUGGGCGAGUAAUAAUUUAUGAGAAAGUUACUGAAUGAUUCCAGUAAUA